CAACAACAACAUUAACAACAACAUUAACAACAGUAACAUUAACAACAACAUUCACUAUCAACAACAUUCGCUAACAUCCACACUUCACCAUCACUUUGCUAUCAACAACAUCCAUAUCAGGAACACUUCACUAUCUUAAAAUCAACGUCAUAAUUAAGACGUCUCCAUCAACAUUACAUUACAUCAUCAACACCAUCAACAUUAUAUUACGUUAUUGGGUCUUUCGAUAAAGUCACGUAGAUAGGUUCAAAUACAAUAACAAAAAACGACGUUUCGAUCGCAACACAAGCCGCCAGGAAGACGACCGCUAUCUGCGUGACUUUUCCGAAAGACCCAAGAAUAUUAAAGUAUAACUAUCAACAUUAAAGUAACGCUAUUAACAACAUCAUCAUCGUCAACAACAACCCCACCACCACUAUUACCAUAUCAUCAACGACCUCACCAUCACUAACCACCGUCGCUAUUAACGACCUCACCAUCAACAUCAUCACCACCGUGACCAUCAACAAUCUCACCGUCUUCACUAUCAACAUUAUCGCAACAUCGAGGAGGUGAUAUCAUCAUCAGCAUCCUCGCCAUCAACAUUUAAAAACAUUAACUUUCAUCAUCAACACCGUCAUCUUGUUAGAGGGCGCUGUCUCAACGCGGUGCCCAAGCGUGUGAGCCUUGCAGACCCUUCGCAGGCUUAAGGAGAUGACUCCGUGCUCUUGGUGAUUUCUCUUCAUGGCUUUGUCAGCGCGACCUCCUGCCCCCACAGCCGCCGAGCUCCAUCUCAACAUCAUGGAUGACGGCGCCCCCUUGGCCGCGCCGGGGCCCUUUGCCGGCGCCAGCCUGCACGCAGGCGAAGACUCGGCUCUCCCGGGCCACAGCCCAGCUCUGCAUGGCGACAGCUUUCCCACUGGAAACGGCGGUUCCGUGGGCGGGCGACUCCAUUCCAACGGAUUUGCUAACGGCGGCAGUGAAACCGGAGAUGGCACCGGCGAAUGGCACUCCGUAAAAGAUCCCUUCGGCGGCGGCGGCGACUUUACCAGAGUUGGUGCUCGUGGCGGCGGCGGCUCGGUUUCACGCGCAUGCCGCUGGCUGCGCAACCGCCGCUGGCGCGCCCACUGGCGGGCGCUGCGGCCGUGGUCGUUCGGCGCGUCGCUGGCGCCCGUGGCGCUGGGCGCAGCGCUGGCGUGGCGCGCGGACGGCACGUUCCGCCCCGCGGCGUUCGCCGCCACGCUAGCGUGCGUGCUGUGCGUGCACGGCGCCGGAAACCUCGUCAACACCUACUACGACUUUGCGCGCGGCGUGGACUCGGGGGACCACCGAAGCGACGACCGCACGCUGGUGGACGGGCUGCUGGCGCCCGCGCAGGUGGUGCGCCUGGGCGCGCUGCUCUACAGCGCCGGCUGCGCGGGGGCCCUGGCGCUGGCGGCCGCGUCGCCGCUGCGCAACGAGCACUUGGCGCUGCUCUACUUCGGCGGCCUCUCCAGCUCCUUCCUCUACACGGGCGGCAUCGGCCUCAAGUACGUGGCCAUGGGCGACGCGCUCAUCUUCGUCACGUUCGGCCCGCUCUCGGUGCUCUUCGCCUUCUCGGCGCAGACGGGCCGCCUCGCCGCGGGGCCCCUGGCCUACGGGCUCCCGCUGGCGCUGCUGGCGCAGGCGGCGCUGCACGCCAACAACGCGCGCGACGCCGAGGGCGACCGCGCGGCCGGCGCCGUCACGCUCGCCAUGGUGAUGGGCCCGGCCGCCUCGUACGCGCUCUACAUCGCGCUGCUGCUGCUGCCCUUCGCGGGCCUCGCCGCCGGCGCCGCGAGGCUGCGCGCGCCCACCCUGGCGGCGCCGCUCGCCGCGCUGCCGCUGGCGCUGAGGCUGGAGCGGCGGUUCCGCGCCGGCACGCUCAGGGACGUGCCGCAGGGCACGGCGAGGCUCGGCCUGGCCGUGGGGUUGCUGUACGCGGCGGGCGUGCUCCUCGCGCCGCCGGGCAGUCUACCCGGACUCACGUGACGACGCGUCGCUCGCGCGCGCCGAUAUCGGUCGACGCGCGCGAACAACAAUCCAGCACCGCAGAUGCAUAAACACGCACGCGGAAGAGCACGUACGUCAUCACUUCCACACCACUGAAUCACGCAGACGUAAACGCUUGCACACGCACAUGUAUACAUGGACAUACACUCCACCUCUUUCGUAUGGCUUAUGUAGAUGCAGAGUAACAACGACAAUUUCACAUUCGGGUGGUCAAGCCAGAUAACCACGUCAGGAGAAGCGGAGUGUAUCGCUCGUGCACGCACACACGCGCACACAUUAACACACACACAUUACCACACUAACACAUUCACACACACACAUAUUAACACACAUUAACACACAUGUAAAGUCCACAAAUCAAUGAGACUCCACUUGUCAUAUUGUUUCACGGGAGUUCAUUGACCAUACUUUACUACUCUGGUCAAUGCGGUUUGAACGGGGAGAAAGCGCAUACAUGUCGGAGCACAAGCACAUUGAUGGAUUUUCCUGCACUGCCCUCUGCUGCCCACAAUCAAAUAUGAAAGUGUGCACAUUCACACUUCUGCAUUCAGGCAAAUAUCCCCAAUUUCGCCCCCAAAGACCAUUGUUGCAAACGCUAUUUUGGUAUUUGCACUCUACAGUGAACACUAAUUUCAGUGAACUUGGGAGAGGCCCGUGUUCUAUUAGUAUGCCAAUUACCAGUGGUGUCGUGCACAUGGCCUUGGGGGUGCACGGGGGCUCGGUGUCUCUUACACGAGGCUGUUUACAGUCUUGUCCAAUGUCAGACGGUGAAAACACAAACCUGUGUGGCAGCAGUCCGAAAAUGACUUUGAAUGUAAAUGAAGCGUUUGUAUGAUACUUUAUUUAAAUAAAGUUUA